CUGCUUUGCCUUUCUUCCUCCGCCCCCAAAACUCUGCUUCUCGAUUUCAAAAAAAAAAAAAACUCUGCUUCUCGGCAGCAAUGCCGGAGCCUCUAUCCUCUACGGCGGCGAGCGGGGGCGGCGGUCGCCUUAGGAACGCCUUCGGCGGAGUGCUGUGCGCCUUCACCCUCCUCCUCAUCGGCGUCAUCGCAUUUUCGAUCCGCCUCUUCUCAGUGAUCAAGUACGAGAGCGUUAUCCACGAGUUCGAUCCCUACUUCAACUACCGCGUCACUCAGUUUUUGUCAAAGAAUGGAAUCUAUGAAUUCUGGAACUGGUUUGAUGACCGAACAUGGUAUCCUCUGGGGCGUGUUAUUGGCGGCACUGUCUAUCCUGGUUUGACACUAACUGCUGGCACAAUGUGGUGGUUGCUAAACUCCCUUAACAUCCCAUUGUCGGUGGAGACCGUCUGUGUGUUCACCGCUCCAAUCUUCUCAGCCAAUGCUUCCUGGGCAACUUACCUUUUAACCAAGGAAGCAAAGGGCUCAGGGGCUGGUUUGAUGGCAGCAGCUAUCCUAGCUAUGGUCCCAUCAUACAUCUCAAGAUCUGUUGCUGGCAGCUACGAUAAUGAAGCUGUAGCUAUAUUUGCUUUAAUAUUCACGUUUUAUCUAUAUGUAAAGACACUAAACACCGGAUCACUCUUUUAUGCGACACUUAAUGCUCUCUCAUACUUCUACAUGGUCUGUUCUUGGGGAGGCUACACUUUCAUCAUCAAUCUUAUCCCAAUGCAUGUUCUUUUGUGUAUUGUAACUGGUCGUUACUCUUCACGACUUUAUAUUGCUUAUGCUCCCCUCGUAAGUCUGCAGGUUGUGCUUGGCACACUUCUAGCAGCAUUGGUACCUGUUGUUGGUUUUAAUGCAGUAAUGACAUCAGAGCACUUUGCAUCAUUUCUGGUGUUUAUAAUCCUCCAUGUGGUUGCUCUGGUUUAUUACAUAAAAGGGCUUUUAACUCCUCGGCUGUUCAAAGUGGCCAUGACAUUUGUUGUAACAGUUGGUUUGGCCGUUUGUUUUGCUGUUGCAGCAAUUCUCAUUGCAUUGGUGGCAUCUAGCCCAACAAAAGGUUGGAGUGGUCGCAGUUUGAGUCUACUUGACCCAACCUAUGCAAGCAAGUACAUCCCUAUUAUUGCUAGUGUGAGCGAACACCAACCACCAACCUGGCCUUCUUAUUUUAUGGAUAUCAAUGUGCUAGCCUUCUUAAUUCCUGCUGGGAUCAUAUCAUGCUUCUUACCAUUAUCUGAUGCAAGCUCAUUUUUGGUCUUGUACUUGGUAACUUCAGUGUAUUUCUCUGGAGUAAUGGUCCGACUUAUGCUCGUCCUUGCUCCCGCUGCAUGCAUUUUGUCUGGGAUUGCUCUAUCUGAAGCUUUUGGUGUCCUUACAAGAUCGAUGAAAUUUCAGCGUCCAAUAUCAGAUGAUGGCUCUUCUACAGCACAUGAUGGUAGUUUUGAUACUCCUGCCAACUCAGAACCUGUUUCAAAGGAAAAGCCAUCCAAGAAAAAUCGGAAGAAAAACAAAGGCUCAGAGGGAAGUCCUCCUGUUAAUCCUAGAACAGAAGAAAAACUUUUAGUGCUGCCUUGUGGACCAUCUGCCGUGGGUAUAAUGUUGCUCAUCAUACUUUCUGGGUUUUAUGUGGUCCAUUGUGUGUGGGCUGCUGCAGAAGCAUACUCGGCACCCUCAAUUGUGCUGACAUCUCGUUCACAUGAUGGGUUGCAUGUUUUUGAUGAUUUCCGUGAAGCUUAUGGAUGGCUGCGCCAUAACACAGAUGUAGAUGAUAAGGUUGCAUCUUGGUGGGACUAUGGUUACCAGACAACUGCAAUGGCCAACAGAACUGUUAUUGUAGACAACAAUACAUGGAAUAACACACACAUAGCAACAGUUGGGACAGCAAUGGCAUCUCCAGAAAAAGCAGCAUGGGAGAUCCUAAAUUCCUUAGAUGUCAAAUAUGUGUUUGUUGUCUUUGGAGGGCUUAUUGGCUACUCAAGUGAUGAUAUCAAUAAGUUCCUCUGGAUGGUCCGAAUAGGUGGUGGUGUAUUCCCUCACAUAAAGGAAGCAGAUUACCUUAGGGAUGGCAACUAUCGUGUUGAUGCUCAUGGCACCCCAACGAUGCUGAAUUCCCUCAUGUACAAGCUUUGUUAUUACAGAUUUGUUGAAACUGAUGGCAAGGGCUUUGAUAGAGUGAGAAGAUAUGAAAUAGGGAAGAAGCACUUUAAGCUGACCCAUUUCGAGGAGGUUUUCACUACCCACCAUUGGAUGGUUCGGAUUUACAAACUGAAACCUCAAAAGAACAGAGUCAGAGGGAAACUGAAACUAAAAUCUAGUUCAAAAACAAGUUCUAGGCACAAAACCAGUGGAAAGAAGCGUCCAUGGUAAUAGAGAUCAGAAAGGCGGGGUGCUGGACAGCUGGAGUCGUCAAGAUACAGUCGCAGCUUGCUCAAGGUGUCCAAACCCGAGAAAACCACGAACUCACGAAAAAAAGGAAUUAGACUAGAAAAAUCAGCAUUGGUUCUUGAUUAUUGUCAUGGAGCACAGUAUUGGGAUACUCUCAUAGUUUCUUGCCAUUCCACCCUCCCAAUUAGGGGUGGUAAUGGGCCAUGGCCAUAAUGCUCCCUUCACAAUUCUAUUUGGCUCUUUAUUUUUUUAGCUCAAAAUUGAAUAAGAUUAUGGUCCUAUCCUUUUAGGGCCCGACCCUUAGUUUAUCUAGCCAAAUUAUUAAGGCCCUUUACCACCCCUACUCCCAAUACGUUUCUCCAGACAGUGGAGGUCUGAAAAUUUUGUUUGUGUUCUGGAGUGAGGCUUUUAUUAUCGUUGAAAUGAUGACGUUUGUAGGGCUCUGACUGGGUGCCUGCCCAUUAGGAUUUAUUGGAUUCCAGUUUAUAUCAAGUUGACAUUAGUGACAUGCUGUAGUAAGUUGCUUUACUAUUAACAGUUUACAAAUA